AGGUAAUUAACUUUUACAUCUAUUAUUUGCAAUGUAUGACCUAGUUGGGUCCACUAUUUAUAUCCAUCCUUUUAUAUAUGACCAUGUAUUAGUAUUUUUUUCUCAACUUAGUCAUUUUCUCAAACCCCCAAUCAUAUAUUUUUGAGAAAAUUUCAAAGAAAAUGGCUAGAAGCUUAGUUCAUGAAAGUUUUGAUGACAUUUCCAUUCUGCUAAUCGACCAUGACACUGCAUCAGUCGCGUCUCUCACGUCAAUGCUUAAACAAUUUUCAAAAAGAGUGAUGAGCGUGGAUGUGGCAAGUAAGGCUUUAUCGAUGAUUGAGAAGCAGAAGAAGGACAUUGGACUUAUCAUAGCCAACAUUGAAAUGCCUCACAUCGACGCAGAUUCCUUCCUCACCGUUUUGCUUCACAAAGAUAUUCCUCUCAUAUUGAUCAAUCCAGAGAUAAAGACAAAGAAACCAUCAGAUCUUUUGAUAAAAAGAGCGUGCUUUUCUCUAGAUCAGCCAAUUUCUGAUAAUGACAUCAAAAACAUAUGGCAGCACGUGUUACCUAAAAAGAUUCAAGAGUCAAAGAAAAUCAACAUAACGAUUGUUAACCAGGAGAAUGGCACGGACAAAGAUAUAAAUCAGAUAGAAGUUUUCAGGGCAAGCCUUAAGAGACAGAGAACAAGUCAAGCUUCUUUGUUAGGAAGACAACCUUUUAUCGACACAUUCACAAUUUCCGAAACAUCCCAAAAGAGAAAAAAUAGGGCAAAUGUUGAAUGGAAAACUAAACCAGGUUGUCUUAUUGGGAUUGAGAAUAAGAGAAAGGAAUGGAAGAAAAUGGAUAGUAGUGUUGUAAGACGUAGAAGUUUAUGGACUAAUGAGCGUCAUAUGAAGUUUUUAGCUGCUAUCUCCAUUCUAGGUGAAAAAGAUUUUCGUCCCAAAUCCAUAUUAACAAUUAUGAAUGACCCAAACUUGACUUAUCGCCAAGUCGGUAGCCACCUUCAGAAAUACAAAGCUCAAAUUGAGCGUAUAAGCGAUACAUUGCCAAGAAAUGAAUGUAAAUCGACAGAUGAAACAUUCGAACACCAUUCGGAUUACAAAUAUCCUUUCAAAACAUCAGACUUAUUGAAUAAUCUCAUUGCAAGUAAUUCUUUGUGGAAUUCUUUGAGAAAGAAAAACUCUUCAUCAUCAUCCAUGAAUCAAUUUUUAUUUAAAAAACCUAUCACCGAGAGAAACAAAAAUAUGCCAAAGUUUCAUGUAGGCGGAAAAUCGGAUCUGAGCAAUCAUUCACUUGUUGGUAACAUAUUUAACAAGUCAUCUAUAAAUGUUAACUAUGUUCCUUCAACCAUAAGUAAUAACCCACCUUACAAUAUUCUUUCUACCGAUAAUGCUAACCAUACUAGUUUAGGUAGUGAAAACCUUCCUAUCCUUUCUGGUUUACCAUCAAAUGUUCGUGCAUCUAACACAUGCGCAUUUCAGAUGGAAUCCACAAAGAUUUCCAUUCCGCAGUAUGAUCCUAAUCCAUUUCACCUACCUAGAUCUGUCCUUGAAACUGAUGUAAGCCAAAUAGAUUUAGAUUUUACAUCUACACCCGAUUCUUUUCAUCCUUUAGCAGAUCUAUGCACUAUGAACUAUACCAUGAACCCUUUUGAAACUAAUAUAGACCAAAUGGAUUGGCUUCCAUUUAUAGAAAAUUAUAGUCAUCAUGAAAUCAAUAUGAACCAUAUGGAUUGGGAUCAUUCAAUAGAAAAUUUCAUUCUUCUUGAAACUGAUGUGAACAUAAGUUUUCCUGAAAAACAUACAAACCAGAUGGAUUGGGUUUCUUCAGGAGAAGGUUAUGUUCCUUUUGAAAAUGUGAAUCCCUCUAAAGUAGAUAUAAGCCAGAUGGACAUAGAUUAUUCUCAAGAGGAAACUAAUACAAACCAUGUGGGUUUUGUUUCUUCUGAAAUACGUUAUGGCAUCCCUCCUAAAACUGAUAUGACCAUUCUUGAAGCCAAUUAUUCAAACAUGGUAGAUUGUGUUUUUCCUAAAGAUAUAAGUUCACUUGAAACUAAUACCAUCCAAAAGGAUUUGGUUUCUUGUAAAACAAGUUUUGCUGCAUUGGAUAACAUAGUUCCUCUUGAAGCCAAUAUGGAAGAGAUGAACUAUGUUUCUUAUGAUGAAAGUUGUGAUGCUCCGAUUGAAGAUCUGAUUUCUUUUGACAUUAACGUGGAUGAGAAGGAUAUGCCCUCUUGGUUGGACGACAAUGGUUUUUCUGAAAGAGAUAAUAUGAUGAAGUCUUGCGAAUAUCACAAUGUAGAAAUUGUGAAUCAAAGAGAUCAUUUGAAGGGAGAAGAUAAUUUUGAUGAUUAUCGUGACAACAUGGAUUGGAUUUAUGAGGUAAUGAAUAUUUCUUAAUGGUGAGGAAAAGGAGAACAACAAAAUUAAUAGUAGUUUAUAAACAUAAUUUUUCUUUUACUAUUGCAUAUUCAUAUCAUAGAUAUA